AUGCGGCUGUCAUUACUUGUUACGCUCGCCCUGACGGCCCUCAUCGAGGCCCAUACCGUCAUGGUAUACCCGGGAUGGCGCGGCAACAACCUCAUCACCAACGAGACGUUUCCCUAUGGCAUGCAGUGGAUGUAUCCAUGUGGCGGCAUGGGAACGAGCAGGAACCGAACAUACUGGCCCACCACCGGCGGCGCCGUCUCUUUCCAGCCCGGCUGGUUCCGCGGCCAUCUCCAGGCCCAGCUCCAGAUCAACCUCGGAUACGGCACCGACGGCCCCGACGGCGGUCCCCCGAACAUGUCCAACAUCAUGGUCAAGCCGUUCAUGCUCCUCGGGCCGACGAACAAUCCCUUCCCUGGGACGGUCUGCUUGCCGCAGGUCCCGCUGCCUGCUGGCGCAAACGUCUCGGCCGGUGAUAAGGCGACGAUCCAGGUUGUGGAACUGGCUCAGCACGGAGCAUCUCUGUACUCUUGCGUCGACAUCAUUUUCGCUGAACCAGGCGACCCACGUAUCCCCAUCGUCAACGAGACAAACUGCUUCAACUCGACGCAGUUCGGCUUCGCCCAGAUUUACACCGUCACCACGCAGGAGCCCGACCUCGACGUCAUCGCCUCCACGACGACUGGGUCGGCGCCGAGAUACUACAGCUGGGCCGGGUGGCUGCCGCUUGUUGCCGGAGCGGUAUGGAUGGCUCUGUGA